AUGCCGCCCAAGUCUCGCCGUAUCAGCGGUAGCGAGCCUAACGGCAACCAGGCAAACGGCGUAGAACCUUCAGACACGACCAAGGCCGAGGACGAUGUACCAGCCUGUCAGUCAUGCCGCAAGAAAAAGGCACGAUGCGAUCGCGCUCAGCCAUGCUCCCAAUGCAUCCGUUUUAAGGUCACUUGUGUUUACGACGACAGGAGAAUGAAGCCCGGCCUCCGCGCUGGCGCGGUCGACCAACUCUAUCGUCGCAUCGAAACCCUCGAAAACAUGUUUCUUGGACAGGAGAUGCUGUGGCAACAAGUAUGGCAGGCGCUUCAUCCGAAUUCAUCUCUGCCAGAGCCGAUUAAGAACCCGACCGGCGACACGGGCUUGGAACAGCGACGAGAACAAUUGAAAGUCUCUUUACUCGAUCCAGUGCCUUCCAUGGGGCGUGCGAACGGACCAGGGGCCCACGAUGAUGGUGACGAAGAUAUGGAGGCAACUUCUCGCUCAGCAAAACGCCGAAGGCUAAACGAGAAUGUCUUCUCGACUCCUUCAAUUGACAUUGACGAUGACCUGACUGUCAUUUUGCCGCUCGAAGUCAUGACUGAGUUGGUCGAUUUUUACUACGUCAACAUCCACCCCUGGAUCCCAGUCCUACACGUGGCCAAGUUUCGCGAACGCAUGCGAUCGCCAGAACAUCGCCCACGGGUCACUUGUAUUCUCCAUGCAAUUAUAGCCGUCUGCGCCCGGUUUUCGCAGAGUGAAUUUCUAAAGGACGAGGAUUUCAAAACACGAAUCGCAGAAAAGAGUCGACAGAAAGUCAUUUUGGACAGCACGGAGUCCUUCUCCGUCGAGAACUUGCAGGCCCUUGUCAUUAUUGCCUUUGAAACUGUGGAUCGGCCGAGGUCGCGGACCUUCAUCAUGGUCGAUUGUCGGAAGUAUGGUGGGCACGGUAGAACAACUGCAAUUGGGGGUCGAGGAGGAUGCACUUUAUCGAGGGACAAACCCGGGGAGACCCUGAUUCGGCGAAUGGUCUUCCUGAGCCCCUCAAAUUCGUGGAGCGAGGCAGAGGAACGCAGGAGGGUAUUCUGGACGGUCUUUCUGAUGGACAGAUUUUGCAGUGUCUCCACGGGCUGGAAGAUCAGCCUGACAAGUGCCGAUGUGAAGCGCCGGUUACCAUGUGAAGGUGCUCUCUGGGAAAGAGAACAAGCAGUCGAAGCGCCAUACUUUGGAAUCUCAGAUUCAAGGGACAAUGCCUCGAGUAGCUCUGUUCUCAAUGGGAAUAGAGCUUCCUCGAAUCCCGAGGAUCAAGACGCCAUCGGCGGCUUUGCAUACAAUAUUGAAGCCACUGAGUCACUUGCUUUGGUGACCAACUUUUUCCUUCACCACGCCUUCAUCGUCAGUGAUGCUGAAAAGGCGCAAAUGUGGCUUAUGAAAUUUAAAGAAUUGGAUUUGCGACUGAUCCAAUGGAAGCUGUAUUUACCCUCGAAGUGGCGGGAGGCUUCAGUCCUCAACAGCGAUGGAGUCAUGGAUCCAAAUCUUACGCUAGCUCAUAUCACUCACAACACUGCCGUCAUUCUUCUGCAUCAAGGAAUUGCCUACCCUCCUGCUCAUUGGCAAGCUUGUCCAAUCAAACUCCCAUCCUCGUCGUCGGCAGAAACCUGCCUAGAAGCAGCCUCCGAAAUCGCAACUAUUGGUCAUCAAUUCUUGACCUUCUCGCCGAUAUUUACCAAUCCUCAAUUCUCAUUUUGUCUUUUUAUUGCCGGGAGAAUGCUUUUGGCUCAUGCGAGAUACAACGGAGUCUCUCUACCACCAGCUUUCGACACGUUAAUCGCUAGUCUACUGGAAAUUUCUCAACGUUGGACCGGAAGAAGCGAAACUCCCAGUCCACAAAAUGAAAAUCUUGCCUCCAGUUUUGCUAAGCGCCUUAUUGAGGCUCAGAACAACUCCGGCGCCGCUCCUCGGCCUAGCCUGGACAUCCGUCAGACCGCAUACUCGGACGAAUCGAAAGAGCAGCCACCUCAACAACCCACAUACAGAGCUUCACCAUCACAAGGCGCAUUAUUCCUUCCAAAAGCCGCAAAUGCAGUGUCUCCCGCAAGAUACAUGAGCAGAGAAGGAUUCCAGGAAACGUUUAGUCUUGACCCAUUUAGCCUGGCGUUUCCACCACUUCCACCAGCCUUUCGACAAGAUUUUCCUGUGUAUUCGAGAUCUGAUCCCAUGUCAGUCUAUGCACAGGCUGCUGGGAACCAAGUAUCAUCACCUAUGAUGAUAGGUCCAUCUCAUCAAAAUUUCAACAUGUGGCAAGGCUCUGGUGCACAUUUCGGGCAUGGCAUCGUCAGCCCUCAAGAGGACCUAUCUCAGGUCUUUAGCCUGACUCCCAGUCCAGGCCAAAGGAUUAGUCGCUAUGGUGGAGCACAAAUCGAGAGUCAAGUAGCGAACGCCAAAAGUCCCAAUAUCUGA